ACCUACUUAACUCAGUGGUUAGAGUAUUGCUUUCAUACGGCGAGAGUCAUUGGUUCAAAUCCAAUAGUAGGUA